UGGUUCGAGGCGGUCCCUCUCGUGCGCUCAGUCGGUAUUGCGUUUUCUGAGUGACAGCAAGUAAACCAGUUCAUAUCCUGUGAAACAGGAGCAGUAUCAUACGUUUUGACCCGGUAUCGUUCACCUUUCCCUUGCAAUGGACGUCUUCCUGUCCUGGCUGUUCUCCUCGGAGGAGCAGGAGCGGUAUAUUUUGGACUGCAUGGCUUACUUCAUGGAUUUCAUGGCAGCCUGCACAUUCGUUAGUUUACUUUUCCAAAACGUCCCUUACGGACGGUAUGCUUCGAGCAAAUAUGGGUUUCCUGUUAGUGUGAAGUUUGCCUGGUUCAUCCAGGAGCUGCCCUCCUUAUUGUUGCCUCUGUGUUUGGUGUUUUGGACAUCUUCCUCUAAAACGUCUCUAUUACCCAAUCAGCUCCUCAUUGCUAUGUUCUUCUGCCACUACGUUCAAAGAACCCUUAUUUAUCCAUUUUUAAUUCGAGGGGGUAAAGCGACACCGUUCGCCUCAUUCGCCCUGGCCUUUGUCUUCUGCAUAUACAAUGGCUACAUGCAGGCUCGAUACCUGAGUCACUAUGCAGAGUACCCUGCAGACUGGGUUACACAUCCACGCUUCAUCACAGGUUCUGCUCUGUGGCUGAUCGGCUGGCUGGUGAACAUCCACUCUGACCACAUCCUGAGGAACCUGAGGAAACCCGGCGAGACCGGUUACAAGAUUCCGAGAGGCGGAAUGUUUGAGUUCGUGUCCGGAGCCAACUUCUUGGGAGAGAUAACAGAGUGGGCCGGCUUUGCUCUGGCGGGCCGCUCGGCUCACAGUGCAGCCUUCUCCGUCUUCACCACAGUGGUCCUCGCCAACAGGGCUGUGGCCCACCACAAAUGGUACCUCGCUAAGUUUGAAGACUAUCCCAAAAGCAGGAAGGCACUGAUUCCCUUCGUGUUCUAGAAAGCUGCAGAGCCGCUCCGGAAAGGUAUUUCUGACAUAAACUUUGUUUGUUUUCUUGCUUUCUUUUGCUUGGAAAUGACGUCUGUCAUUAUUCAGUUAAGUAAUAACGCAGACGGACGUCGCUAAUUCGUUCAUAAAGCAGCAGGAAGCCCCUACGACUUCAGCUGAAAUGCCACUGGAGUUACGCUCACAACACCAAAGACCUUGUGCGACGCUCGGCCUUAUGCCACAGGGAAAUACGUGGAUCCUCCUUCCAUCCUAACAAACUGACAAAAAAGGAGUAGAGACUGGAAAUCUGAAGCUGAUGUUGAAUGAAGACCAGUGGUGUUCACAGAUAUCUUGGGGAUCAGGUGCUCAAAUUUUUUCCCACUUUGUUCAAUGAGAGUAUCAAUAAAUGUGAAGAUCUGAUUAAACCCACUUACUGUGUGGGGAUACGUUACACUGCGUUCAGCUUCUGUGCAGCAGAAAUCUGGAACAAACUUCCAGAAGACUACAAAACAGCCGAAACACUGAGUUCCUUUAAAUCAAGGCUAUAAAACCCCACCUGUUCAGAGUUGCUUUCCACCCAUAAACGUUGACCAACACACACGACGCAUAUUGAUGAUUUUGACAAUGGCACUUGACAAAACGGUACAUUUGUUACUAACGUUUCUCAAUUGAUGUCUGUAUGAUGUUUUUACGGAUUUCUAUUUUCGUGUUUUAGAAAGCGCUUUGAACUGCCUUGUUGCUGAAAUGUGCUGUGCAAAUAAACUUGAUUGAAAUUACACUUCUUUAUGUGAGCGGAGUCCUGAAGAAGCGUCUUACAAAGGGGAAUGUUUCUCAAAAGUAGUACCUGUGUUUGUGGGGCUGUAAUUGCAGAGUCACAGCCAUAGAGUUGUAGAAAAACGUAGUAAAUGGUUUUAAUUUAGUAGAUACUGAAUUGUGAUAUAGUCAAAGAUUUAAGAAGGGCACUUUUUUUGUCCAUAGGAACAAAACAGCAGGUGCUCUAGCACCUCCUAGUGUCUUAUCUGUGCAUGCCUCUGAUGGAGACAUUUCAAAUCUGGUCUUCCUGCUUCAUUCUGUUCUGUUUAUCACUAAAUAAAUCUAAAAACCAGACAGAAGAGUCUUUGCAGUAACAGUAAAGCCUGAUACUUUUAUCCGGUUUCAACAUGGAGAACACGCACCUCCUCUCAAUUACUCACCCAAGCCUGAAACGAGGAGAUGAGAGUCCUCCCUGAGCACCGCUAUGGGGGCUUCUCCACCAAUCAAUGAAGAAGAGGAACUCACUGAUAAACGUGGAUAGAACGUUAGAGCCACACGGAGAACGUACAGAGCUUAAAAAGACAGAAACUCUGAGAAAAUAUACAAGUGGAAACGUUAGAAUUGCUUUGAAUGUCUGGUAGCUUCUGGUGACUGUUACUAUGAGUAAAGAAAUGUUUUGUUUUUUUCUGAGUGAGAACUGUUAUAGAUUUAUAAUAAUGGGAUGAAAUGUUCACCAAGUGACUUUAAUUCUCCUCUUUUUGAUGUAAACAAACAUGUUCAAAAAGCGUUUUCCUUGAGAUUAUGUCGUAUUUUCCUGUCACUUUUUACAAUUGUACACAACUUAGUGCUGUUCUGUCACAUAAAAUCCCAAUAAAUUGAUUUUUUUUUUAUGACUGCAA